AUGGAAGUCAUUCUUAAAAGUUAUAUCCAAAAACUCGGUUAUGCCAACGAUAUCGUGGAAGUUAAACCCGGGUAUGGCAGAAAUUACCUGAUCCCCAAGGGUUAUGCUAUUUUGGCUACAGAGGCAAAUAAAAAAAUAGUAGCUGAAAAUGCGCGUCAGGCUGCCCACAAAGAGGCCAAACUCAGACAGGAUGCCGAAGCUAUUGCUGAAAAAAUAACCAAUACUACCUUAGAAAUUGGUGCCAAAACCGGGGAAAAAGGAAAAAUAUUUGGAUCCAUAACACCUGCCCAAAUAGCUGAAAAGCUCAAAUCUCAGGGCUUUAAUAUAGAUCGUAAGCAAAUCUUUAUGAAAGACAGCCCUAAAGAGCUAAAAGUGAAAGAAACAGGGAAUAUACGGCCUGUCAAAGUAUGCGGAAUAGCAGUCAAGAAAUCAUUGGGCAGUACAAAGAACCGGCGCAGAUCUACUGUGGCGUUUGUAUUGGCAACUUCUCCACGCGCGUCACCCAACCUUACUGCGUUCUUUGAGGAUACAAAACUACCGCGGGAGGAGUAG